CAGCCGAAUCCUGCACUUCAGGCCUCCUGGCGUCAGCUCUUACAUCACGGCCCAAGUCACCUACCAUGCUCCUCGGUGGAAUAGUGGCGUACUCUAACCCAGUGAAGCAAAAGCUCCUGAACGUCGAUCCGGCAAUACUGGACGAGCAGAGAGGGCCGGGCGAGGUUAGCAAGGAAUGUGCGUUAGCGAUGGCUAGGGGUGCAUUGCACAACGUAGGGGUUCUGGAUGUGGAAGGGCAGGGGGUCGGCAUCAGCACCACAGGCUUCCUCAACGGUGGACCUCCGGGACGAGAAGGAGAAGUAUGGAUUGGAUGUUGUUGGAAAUUCAAAGACAGCACAGGCAGCCGAGCUAAACAGUACUGGGUCAAGAACGGGAAAGGAAGUAUCGAUGGGCAGGAGCAUGAGGAAGCGGCUGACCAGCGGGAUCAAGAGAAGCUGUGGGUAGUGGACAAAGCACUGGAUCUGUUAACGGAGGUCGUAGAGGAAUUGGAAAGCAAGGCGAAGGCAGGGAAGUUAUAGUACUGUUACAGUAGAGUUCAUGCCAAAGCGUGUACGGCUAUCCAGAAUAUAUUCGGUAUUUGAAACGGGCCACCGUACCACUCGC